AUCUUCACCAGCAGCAGCUGCGCACUGCGUCGCAAUCGACGACGUCCUCCUCGUCCAUGAUGCAUAGAGGGGCAGGAGGAGCUGCACCCGCGAAUAACUACGCACCCGGGACGAGGACGAGCGCGACCGCAAGUAGUUCUUCCACCAGACCCGUUAGUGGUGCGGCUGCUAUGCAUCAUGCUGGUGCACAAGAACAUCAUCAUCAAUUGGCGCCAGCACAAAGUAGUAGCCACUUGCACGGGAGCAAGUCGUCCGGUGCGCUGCACCAGUCGAACCUGUUACAGCAGCAGCACGGAACAUCAACAACCUCAAGCCACCCUGCGCGGAGCAGCUCACGGCCCCAGCUGCUCAACCGGCCACCGCUGCUGCAAAAACGGCCCUCGCGGGCGGACCUGCUGCAAAGUCGGCCGCGAGGGACCACGACGACGACGAACACCGGUGGUGCGGGGGGUGGUGCAGGCGCAGGUGUUGCUCCUGCUGUAGUGCAAGGACAC